AGCCGGUUGGCGGUUGCACAACCACGCCGUACCGCCUACUGAACUGCAGCUCCGACCACCGCGAGAUGGCGCCAUCGCCAAAGCCAAUUGCAGUUAUAGCAGCCGUCUCUGUGGCCCUGUGUUCUCUCUACGUUUUAACCAUCAGACGUCGAGCCGCGACUCAUUCGAAAGGCAAAACCCUAACAGAUAACAAACCGAAGAGAACUGGAAUAGUUGGUGCCAUUGGCAACACACCUCUCAUUCGAAUUAAUAGCCUCUCCGAUGCGACUGGCUGUGAAAUUCUUGGGAAAUCGGAGUUUUUGAAUCCUGGAGGAAGUGUUAAAGACAGAGUCGCCGUUAAAAUUAUUGAAGAGGCCUUGGAAUCUGGACAACUAUCUCGAGGUGGUGUAGUUACAGAGGGAAGUGCCGGGAGCACAGCAAUUAGUCUUGCAACAGUUGCUCCUGCUUAUGGAUGCAAAUGCCAUGUGGUUAUCCCAGAUGAUGCUGCAAUUGAGAAGUCUCAAAUACUAGAGGCUCUUGGAGCAACAGUGGAAAGGGUUAGGCCGGUGUCGAUAACUCACAAAGAUCACUUUGUCAAUAUUGCAAGGAGAAGGGCAACCGAAGCAAAUAAGCUAGCACUGAAGCAUAUAAAUCAAAUGGAUGCCAAAGAUGUAGACCAUGCCAAUGGAAAAGAAACACAAUGUACAGUGUUCUCUGGUGAGCAUAAAGGUGGCUUCUUUGCAGAUCAAUUUGAGAACCUAGCAAACUACAGAGCUCACUACGAAGGAACUGGACCUGAGAUCUGGGAGCAGACUGGUGGUCAAUUGCAUGCUUUCAUCGCAGCUGCAGGCACAGGCGGCACUGUGGCUGGUGUUUCUUGUUUUCUAAAGGAAAAAGAUCCAGGGAUAAAGUGUUUUCUUGUGGAUCCUCCUGGUUCGGGUUUGUUCAACAAAGUUACAAGGGGAGUGAUGUACACAAGAGAAGAGGCUGAAGGGAAGAGGUUGAAGAACCCAUUUGAUACUGUCACCGAAGGAAUAGGGAUCAAUAGAUUGACGGAAAACUUCAAAAUGGCUCAACUUGAUGGAGCUUUCCGUGGCACUGAUAUCGAAGCUGUGGAAAUGUCUAGAUUCCUUCUAAAGAACGAUGGCCUGUUUGUUGGAAGUUCUUCGGCAAUGAACUGUGUUGGAGCUGUGAGAGUAGCGAAAUUGUUGGGCCCCGGUCAUACAAUUGUAACAAUUUUGUGCGAUAGUGGGAUGAGGCAUCUAAGCAAGUUUUGUAACCCGGAGUACCUCGCUCAACAUGGCUUAACACCGACAGCAAAAGCAUUAGAAUUCCUUGAUCGUAAAUGAGAUAUCAUUCCAUAUGCAACGGACCAUUUUGUUCGAUUUCAGUAAAUGCAGGGAUUUAUUUGUUCAAAAAAGAUGUCCAGAGACUUCAUCGCUUAAAAUAUGGAAAUCCGUUGGGUUCUUACAGAUUUUCCCGAAAUAAUUUUAUAUGCGGCAGCAUCGAGUUUUGGACGCUUGCAGUUACGAAUGCACACUCGGACUCCGUAUGCGCCUUAUAUGAUUCGGUAGGCUGCACACCAGCUAAGGACCAGACCGUGAAAAGAACCAGAGCCGGUUGGACCUGGCUGGGACCAUUUAGGACCAGGCAGACCCUCUUUUUCCCAGCCGAGGGCUCGGUCCAGACUCCGGGCUAUGUAUGCGAAAAUAGCUUAUGUUUCUUAAAACUACACUUUGAGAAAUUGUAUUCUAGUUCUGGGAUGUUGUAAGUUGUAUACCUUUUAUGUUUCUAAAUUAUCUUCUAAGAGAAUA